AUGGCUGCGCAAGUGGCAUCGGCACCCUCCAGAAAUAACAACAAGAACAAGAAAUUAUCCAGCGGCUUGGGCACGGAGCUCAAUUCGGGGAAAUCCGGAGGAGUAGGAGGAGGAGGGGGAAGCGUUCAGCAGCGCAGCGGGCAGAUGCUGGGAGCCGGAGAUGGGACUCUAAAUAAUGUAGACCAUCACCGCCGAACGGAGCCCGGCAUGGUGCGUUCAACUUCCGCGGGUCACGGUAAGGAUGGGAAUAACCUCACGUCGUCUAAUUCCAACGCUUCCUCCAUGGAAACGGGUUUGAUCGCCAACAAUAAGCUGAAAUGUGUCGAGAGCGGGGACCCCCCUCAGUCCCAGACACCGCAGCCGCAAUUCGGCCAGUUUGCGCCGCAUCCGCAACGUCAGAUGCACAGCAACAACAACGGACAGGGACCCCGAGGGACCGUGGAUCACCACGGCGGUAAAGAGAACCUUCUGGGGGGUCACGUGGAGUCACAGUUGCAAGGUAAAGGUGAGGGGCAUCUUAAACCCACAGAGGUGAUGAUGUCUUCAAGGUAUGAUCACACCAACUUGGGGCCAACCAGCAACAAUUCAGAGUUUAACAACAACUAUUACUCAACAAGGUCUUAUGAGCAACAUGGCGGACAACAACAGCAACAAGGGAUGGGGUUAUCAUCUGCUCAUAACAGCAUGGACAACUCCCAUGAAGCAGGCUACCAGAACAGCCAGUACAACCAGUACCCUGCUUAUAAUCGGACACGAUACGGGGGGACCUACGGCAUGGUGGUCCCCUCUGGGUGCAGGCAACCUGACAACAUGAUGAUGAGUAGCAACUCCUCAGCAAGCCACGGCAAGUCAACGCUUGGAGCCUCUUCCAGUGGCUUCCAAAGGUUCCCGGGACCAACUCAGCAGCAGCACCCCUCAGGUGCAACCCCGACCCUCAACCAGCUGCUCACGUCACCGAGCCCCAUGAUGCGGGGCUACGGCGGGGCCUACCAAGACUACGGCGGAUCCGCGGCACAGCAGGGUCUGGGGAAAGAUGUGGGCCCCCAGUAUGGAGCCACCACUGCUCACGGCUGGGGAGGCCAGACCAGGAAUCAUCCGCAUCCAAUUAGUACAGGCAAUGGAGGGCAAGGCCUCGGGAGGAGUCAGGUGUCCUCCAUGGACUUUAUGGCGAUGAAGCGCUCGCAGCUUUAUGGUAUGGCCGAUAAUCCAUACUCCGGCCCGCAGCAGCCCGGGGGUGGGCCUUACCCUCCUACCCAGCCGUAUACGCCGCCUCCCUCACACCGCUAUCCAAUGGGCAUGCAGGGAAGAGGUCAAAUGGGCAUGGGGAGCAUGCAGUAUCCUCAGCAUCAGCAAGUGGCGCCCUACAGCCAACAGGGGAUGGCCAGCUAUAGCCAGCAGCAGCAACAGGCAGGCCAGCAGGGAACUCCACCCUAUUUUAGUCCACCGCAACAGACACCUUCUGGACCUAACCAGAGCCCUUACCUGCAGUCACGACCACCGCCACAGCAGGAGGCACGGCAAGAGAAUUACAGCAGCAGAGGACCUGGCCCAGGGAAUUCUGGGAAGAACAGUAACGAGGACGGCAGCUCCUCUACAGACCGCCCUUCCAGUCUGCCGGAUUUGUCUGGCUCAAUUGAUGACCUCCCCACGGGGACAGAGGCUGGUCUCGGAUCAGCCGUCGGCAGCGGCAGUAACCAAGGAGAGCAAACAGGUGCCAGCAUCCAGAGACAAUCUCCUUUCUCUCCCCACGCCUCGCCACGCCUUCAUAGCCAGAGGAGUGGACCUUCACCCUCCCCUGUGGGCUCACCUGCAGGCUCCAGUCAGUCCCGUUCAGGCUCUGGACCCAUCUCCCCCGCCAGCGGACCCACCGCUGUUGCCAACGCAUCAGGCUCCACCUCAAAUCCACCGAGCUCUGGAAAUGGACCGGAUGGAUCCCGCCCACCUAUCACCCGAUCACCAAUGGCUCAGGAGGGAGGUUUUAUGUCGAGCAUGCCAAGAAACCAGUCUGUCUCUCAAUUCCCCAUGUAUCCCGGGAUGGGGCCCUUCUCCCAAAGUGGCUCCGCAGGCCCUUACGCACCUCAAGAAACCCAGUAUGGACACCAAGGGAACUAUCCUCGGCCCUCCAACUACAGUGGGACUCCAAGUACCAACUACAGUAUUCCUGGCCCAGCCAUGGCCAACAGUGUGGCCAUGAACGCAAGCAGCCCUAUGCACGGCCACGGCCCUGGUCAACCCAUCCCUGGAGGACGUAAUCAUGGACCGGGAAACCACAAUAGAGGGUAUCCCACCAUCGCCCCCAACUCCCCCAACAUGCCUCAGCCAGCAGGACCGGGGAUGGGCCCUCCCUCUUCAGGGACUCCUAACCGCAAAACACAAGAGGCAUCCGUCACCAUGCCAAGCUCAAUCAAUGCUUCACACAGCAGGCAGGGCAGCUAUCAAGGACCUAGCAUCAGCCAAGCAAGCACCAUAGCCCCCUACAGCCGGCCAGCAGCCAACAAUAUUUCAGCAAUGGGCAACGCACAAGGUUCGGCCUACAAUGUGAUACCAUCAGGACCCAUUGGAAUGUCCGGGGACGGGAUGUUGAUGAGCCCAGAUGUGAAAAUGAAAGCAGAUGCAAAAGAUGACAAUGGCCCUGCCAAUGACACUCACAAGCCAAAGAUACAAGAGAGUCACAACAACAGCAGCACCGGCUCCCAGCAGUGUGCUUCGCAACCGGCUACACCAAGCAAUGCUCUGCCAGUCCCCUCCCCACUGUCACCCAGCCCAGCUAGCUUGUCAUCAUAUCACGGCGAUGAUAGUGACAGCAUAAGCAGCCCUCCUUGGCCCGUCAAGGCCCCUCCAAGCCCAAAAGCCAAUCCCCACUUGUCAAUAUCCAGUGGCGAGCGAAUCUCACGUCUUUACGAGCUGGGUGUUGAGCCAGAGAGGCGGAACUGGGUAGAACGCUAUCUUUCCUUCAUGGAGGAGAGGGGGACGCCUGUUUCCCAGCUUCCUAUUGUGGGGAAAAAGCCUCUGGAUCUCUGGAAAUUCUACAUUGCUGUUCGGGAGAUUGGAGGCCUCGCCAUGGUAAACAAGAACAAGAAAUGGCGCGAGCUCUCCACCACACUGAGCGUGGGAACCUCCAGCAGCUCAGCCAGCUCACUCAAGAAGCACUACAUCCAGUACCUAUUUGCCUAUGAGUGUAAGAUGGAGCGGGGUGAAGAGCCACCAGCAGACAGCAGCAGCAGCAGUAGUGGAAGCAUGGCUGCAGGGGACAACAGGAAGCAGGUCAAGAUUCAGCCUCCCUCGCCUGCUAAUUCAGGUGGCUCGCUCCAAGGUCCACAGACACCACAAUCUUCUGGCAGCAGCUCCACUGCGGAAGGUGCAGGGGACCGUUUAACCCCCACCCGUGCUACCACCCCUCUUGGACAGAGCACACCUGUGCCUCCAAACAGGAGCAGCGUGAGUGUGCAGGAUCCCUUCUCAGAAGUCAGCGACCCGGCCUUCCAGAAGCGUGUUGCCUCCCUGCCACCCUCUGCUCCGUACCAGCAAGGCCUCGGCAUGCCUGACAUGAUGAUGAGGAUGCAAUAUGAUGCCAAGGACCCCUUCGUUGGCAUGAGGAAGAUGGCAGGUGCAGAUCCUUACAUGCCUGGCCAGGCCCCUCCUGGAGGUGUGCAGGACAUGUACGGUCGGCCACCAACUGCCGUUAGCAUGAGUCAACGCUCACAGUACUCAUAUGGACCAGGCUAUGACAGGAGACCAGACCACUUGAUGGGAAUGGAAGGAGGCAUGGGUCCUCCUGGUAGUCAGAACAGCAUCGCACCUCACAGUGAGGGUAGUAUGUAUUCUUCCAGCAGAUAUCCAUCACAGCAGAGACAUGACGGCUACAGUCCACAGUACCCUGGCAUGCCAUACGGGAUGCAUCCUUCCGGGAUGUACCAACAGCAACAGGGCUACAAACGGUCAAUGGAUGGUAUGUAUGGUCCACCGCCAAAGAGGCAUGAGAGUGAGAUGUAUGGCAUGCAGUACUCCAACCAGCAGGCAGACAUGUAUAACCACUAUGGUGGGGGCUAUUCAGGCCCAGAACACAGACCCAUCCAAGGACAGUUCCCCUACCCCUACACCCGCGAACGGAUGAGUACUUCAAUGCCAAGCCAACAUGGAAUGAUUGGUGGGGGGCCUCCUCCUCACCACGCUGGUGAUGGUCCCAACAUUUGGCCAUCCAGGACAGACAUCAGUUAUCCUUAUCCCAAUCGACAAGGACACGCAUCCCAAAUACCUCCUUACGGCUCAAUUGGCAGAGAAGACAUGGAUGGCCGGCCGGGCCAGGAGCAAUGGCACCGGCAGUCUCCCUAUAUGUCAUCAUCUGGUGGUAUAACUCCAUUUUCAUCACGCCACCCCCAAUCUUCUUACUCCAAUUCACAAUCUAUGGCAAACCACCUGCCCAGAGCCCCCAGUCCAGGAGCUUUCCAGCGCUCCUUGGAGUCUCGUGUGUCACCAAGCAAAGCAGCUUUCCUGUCAGCCAUGAAAAUGUCAAAACCUGGGAUGUCCAUGAUGGGAUCUCAGGGGUGUGGACCUCUGGGUCAGUUCCCUCACAACCUGAGGAGGGACCUUAACUACCCACCCGGAUCGGUGGAGGGCACCAUGCCAAUUCUCAGGCCUCGACGCAAGCUUACCUCCAAGGACACAGGGAUUCCCGAGGCCUGGCGUGUCAUGAUGUCUCUUAAAUCUGGAUUAUUAGCAGAGAGCACAUGGGCGCUUGACACAAUCAACAUUCUGCUUUAUGACGACAGCACCGUUGCUUCAUUUAACCUAUCCCAGUUGCCAGGCUUCCUGGAGCUCAUUGUGGAGUACUUCCGCCGUUGCCUGAUUGAGAUCUUUGGCAUCCUGCAAGAGUUUGAAGUGGGGACGAUGAUAAAGGAAAGCUUGUCGGACCUCACCUCCUGGCAGAAGGAAGAAGUCAUCUUGGACAAUGAAACGGAAAGUGCGGUACAAUCUAAAUCUGGGUCCAUCCCAAGUCUAGCAGUGCUAGAGGAGCUACCAGGAAAUAUUAUGAAGGAAUAUGUUGCUGUUACCAAUGAGAAGAAUAAACCUGAUGAGUGCUUAAAAAAGGAUGACAAAGAAAAGAAAUCAGAGUUGAAAAAUGAGAGUGAUGUAGAACUUCCUGUUGCUGAGCUGGAACCAAAGCCCAAACAAGCCAGCAAAUAUGAUAAGUUCCCCAUAACCAUUGUUGACAAAGAUGACCUUUGUGAAGACAUGACAGAUCACUUAGUUGAUGAGUUCACCAGUGGUCUACUUCACUGGCAAGCUGGUGGAGGCGACACCACGGCUCACAUUCAGACAUACUUUGAACCCCGCAGUGACCCAACCGCCAGGGUGGAGGACAAGAUAUUCAAAGAAAUUGAAGACAACGACGAAAAGGAACAACCAAGGAAACGUAUCACCGCGACCAUUGACGAUAUCCUGUGUGCACGGGUUGACGCACUCUCCAAUGCCCACCCUGCUCGCUCACUGCCAUCCUACCCUUUCAGGGUGCAUCCAGAUGGAGAACAGGACCAUAUCACCUUGUUGGAAGAUGAACCACGUUGUCUGGAUGAAACCCCGCUAUCCACAAGCUCAGCCUGGCAGGACUCAUUGGCCAAACGCUGCCUCUGCAUUUCCAACAUUGUCCGCGGCUUGUCAUUCAUACCAGGGAAUGACUCUGCUAUGUCGCGACACCCCGCCCUGGUUCUUCUUCUGGGCAGGCUCCUGCUGCUGCACCACCAACAUCCUGAGAGGACCAGAUCGCCACCCAGCUAUCAAAGAAAUGAACAGCAGGACAAGGGGCUGUCGAGUAGUAAAUACGAGUGGUGGUGGGAGUGUCUGAGUCAGCUGAGGGAGAAUGCAAUGGUAACUCUGGCUAAUAUCUCAGGCCAGCUGGAUCUCUCCACCUACAGCGAUACCAUCUGCCUCCCCAUCUUGGAUGGCCUCCUCCACUGGAUGGUGUGCCCUUCAGCCGAAGCCCAGGACCCGUUCCCUUCGGCGGUGGCCGACUCCCAGCUCACUCCUCAGCGGCUGGUUCUGGAGUGCCUUUGCAAGCUGAGCAUCCAGGAAGGGAACGUUGAUCUCCUUCUCGCCACGCCACCUUUCAGUCGACAAGAGAAACUCUUCACAGUACUUGUCCGCUAUGUAGGUCAAAGAAAGGCCCAAGUGUACAGGGAAAUGGCAGUGGCCAUCACCUCCCACCUGGCACAAGGAGACCCAACUGCAGCCCGUGUAAUAGCCAUGCAAAAAGGCAGCGUGGGCAAUUUGGUAGCCUUUUUACAAGAUGGCAUCAACAUGGCGCAGUACCAGCAUAACCCUUACAGUUUGUUGCACAUGGGACACCCCCACAUGGAUCCGCCUAGUGUUAGCAUGUUGUGCAGAGCAGCUAAAGGCCUAUUGGCAAUGGCCAAAGUGGAGGAGAACAAAAGUGAGUUUGUGCUCUACGAAAGCAGAUUGUUAGACAUUUCCACGUCUUCCGUACUGAACGCUGGAGUAGUGGCAAUUAUUUGCCAGGUUCUAUUUCACUUGGGGAAGUCAUGA